GUUUCGAGAAAAAAUCCAGAGGAUGUCCAGGAGUCUCUUACCACAGUUGAGGAGAACCUGGAUAGUUGAUGAAAGAAGAGCCCAUAGAUGAAUUCAUUGCAUCUGUAUGGUCAGACAUGAGUUACUGAUUAGUGGCUUGGCAGAGAUAGUCGUUUGGAAGAGAUACAGCGACUUUAAGAAGCUGCACAAAGAUCUCUGGCAAAUUCAUAAAAACCUCUACAGGCAUACAGAACUCUUUCCACCUUUUGCCAAAGCAAUAGUGUUCGGGCGAUUUGAUGAAACUGUGAUUGAAGAAAGAAGGCAAUGUGCUGAAGACCUGUUGCAGUUUUCUGCUAAUAUCCCUGCUCUCUAUAACAGCAAACAGCUUGAAGAGUUUUUUAAGGGUGGAGAGGUACAUGAUGGAUCUGAACUGAUCGGUCCUGUUGAGCCUCUGUCUGACUCACUGACUGACAACCUAUCUGACUGCAGCUCUGAAGUUCGGAAAGACUUAAGUGGACUCGAUGAUGUGACGCUUACAAGCCAGUCGGAAUGUGGAGGCUUCUCCAGUGACAGCGACCUGAUCUCUUUGACAGUCGAUGUAGACUCUCUUGCUGAAUUAGAUGAUGGAAUGGCAUCCAACCACAGCUCUCCCAGUAGAGCUGUUGGCCUUUGCCUUACUUCUGAGCCCCCAGUACAAAGCACUGUGGCAUCUGAGCAGGAGUGGAGCAAACCUGAAGGAGAGAGGGAGAGCCAUGGUCUGUUUUCUGGAAGCUUAAAACCCAAGCCUGGCAAACAAGAUUACUUAGAGAAAGCAGGCGAGUUGAUAAAGCUGGCCUUGAAAAAGGAGGAAGAAGAAGACUAUGAAGCUGCCUUCAGCUUUUAUAGAAAGGGUGUUGAUUUACUUCUGGAAGGUGUUCAAGGUGAAUCAAGUCCAACUCGUCGAGAAGCAGUGAAAAGAAAGACUGCAGAAUACCUCAUGCGAGCUGAAAAGAUUUCCAGUCUCUACCAUAAAUCCUCUGAAGAUGCAUCUGUUUCUAUGCCUCCAGGAUCACUAAGUUCAAGGCCCUCUUGGAACCUAAGGAGCCCUGCCGAGGAACUGAAGGCCUUCAGAGUCCUUGGGGUGAUUGACAAGGUUUUACUUGUAAUGGACACUAGAACACAGCAGACUUUUAUACUGAAGGGUCUAAGGAAAAGUAGUGAGUACAGCAGGAGCAGAACGACCAUCAUCCCCCGCUGUGUGCCCAACAUGGUGUGCCUGCACAAGUACAUCAUCUCUGAGGAGUCUGUCUUUCUCGUAUUACAGCACGCAGAAGAGGUUGGAGCUAUCCUAGAAGAGACAGAAGCCUGUGACUGGUGGAGCCUGGGAGCCAUUCUUUUUGAACUGCUCACAGGGAAGACCCUGGUUGAGUGCCAUCCAUCGGGAAUAAACACUCAUACUUCUUUAAGUAUACCAGACCAUGUAUCAAAGGAAGCCAGAUCGCUGAUUCAGCAGCUUUUGCAGUUUAAUCCUGCGGAGCGUCUUGGUGCUGGCGUUGCUGGUGUUGAAGACAUCAAAUCCCAUCCAUUUUUUGCCCUCAUAGAAUGGGCAGAUCUGGUGAAAUGAGAGAUGCGCUCACCCUCUGAACAAACUCAGGUCAAGUGGACAACUUUCUCUGGCACAGAACAACACCAACUUUCUUCCUUCGGGUGUCCCAAAUCCUUAGACGUUCUAACUGAAGGACGCUGGACCAAUCAUGCCAAAAGCAAACACUUUUAACAGGACUCACCGAUUGUGCAGGGUGCUAGCUUAUUUUUAUGGCAACUGGCUGCUAUGUGUGUGUAAGUCUUUUCACCAAAGAGUGAUUUGUGAUGAAACUGCUGCAUAGCAUGCUUAGCGCUGCCAGACUGUCAACUAAGUGACAGUGCCCUCCUGGUGCUUUGUCUGGUGAUGGAAGUGUCUGUAGAGUGUGCCAGUUGAAAAUAUCUUUUAUACUGUAUGUCAGUAGACCAUUUCCCUAUGCUAAGUGCAGCUGGAGGAGGGAGGGGAACAAAUAAUUUAUUAAUGGUAUAUGCUGAAUGAAAUACUAAAAUGCUUUCUGCAAAACUUGACACAUUAAAAAUAGUAUAUCCAUUAAAAAGUAAGAAAGCUGUUGCAUAAUACUGUGGAAUGUGUCUUGAAAAUGGCAUAUCACUUCAAACAGUGGGAAGAGCAUAUAAAAGGCAAAUAAUCCUGUCAAAUGUUGUACUUUGUUGGCUGGCACUGUCUGUUUAAAACUCUCGACUCUGUUAUAUUUGAUGAGCUACGUGUUAACGUCACUACAGAAAGGGAGACCUUUCCCUCAACCAGAUAAACACUGCUUUUGCAACUUGAUAAGGAGCAAGAAGACACAGUGCUAAAUAAAUGUAUAGAUUACAAAAGGAAAA